ACCUGUGCCAGUAGCCUACGGUCGGACAAUUUGCGCAUUCUAAUAAAUUACACGACGGGAGGAGAGCUCCAUUCCAUGACGCCACUACAUUGAAUAUAGCGUGAUUAGCAGCUCCACCACACCGGGCACAACUAACUCACGGAGAUCACUUUGACGGCCGCUGAGGGAAGUCCAACAUAUUCCUCUGAUAUUAUUUUCUCCGUUUAGCCAAGAGACUGAUACUGCAAAAGCACAAUGCGUGAGUGUAUCUCUGUUCACGUGGGCCAGGCCGGAGUCCAGAUGGGCAACACCUGUUGGGAGCUGUACUGCCUGGAGCAUGGGAUCCAGCCGGACGGACAGAUGCCCAGUGACAAGCCCACAGGUAACCUCGACGACUCCUUCACCACCUUCUUCAGCGCCACGGGCACCGGGAAGUACGUGCCACGCGCCAUCUUCGUCGACCUGGAGCCCACCGUUAUCGAUGAGGUGAGGACAGGCACCUAUCGCCAGCUGUUCCACCCUGAGCAGCUCAUCUCAGGCAAGGAGGAUGCUGCCAACAACUACGCCCGCGGUCACUACACCAUCGGCAAGGAGAUCAUUGACUCCGUCCUGGAUAGGAUCCGUAAACUGGCUGACCAGUGUACUGGUCUCCAAGGUUUCCUGGUUUUCCACAGCUUCGGAGGAGGCACCGGUUCUGGUUUCACCUCCCUGCUGAUGGAACGUCUGUCUGUCGACUUUGGCAAGAAGUCUAAGCUGGAGUUUGCCAUCUAUCCAGCUCCCCAGGUGUCCACAGCUGUGGUGGAGCCCUACAACUCCAUCCUGACCACUCACACCACCCUGGAGCACUCUGACUGUGCCUUCAUGGUGGACAAUGAGGCCAUCUAUGACAUCUGCCGUAGGAACCUUGACAUUGAGCGUCCCUCGUACACCAACCUCAACAGGCUGAUCAGUCAGAUCGUCUCCUCCAUCACUGCCUCCCUGCGUUUCGAUGGAGCCCUGAAUGUUGAUCUGACAGAGUUCCAGACCAACUUGGUGCCCUACCCCCGUAUCCACUUCCCUCUGGCCACCUAUGCCCCGGUCAUCUCCGCUGAGAAGGCCUAUCACGAGCAGCUGUCAGUGGCUGAGAUCACCAAUGCCUGCUUUGAGCCGGCCAAUCAGAUGGUGAAAUGUGACCCCCGUCAUGGCAAAUACAUGGCCUGCUGUCUCCUGUACCGUGGUGACGUUGUUCCCAAGGAUGUCAAUGUGGCGAUCGCUGCCAUCAAAACCAAGAGGAGUAUCCAGUUUGUGGACUGGUGUCCCACUGGCUUCAAGGUGGGUAUCAACUACCAGCCCCCUACGGUGGUUCCUGGAGGAGACCUGGCCAAGGUCCAGAGGGCUGUGUGCAUGCUGAGUAACACCACAGCCAUCGCCGAGGCCUGGGCCCGUCUGGACCACAAGUUUGACCUGAUGUAUGCCAAGAGAGCCUUCGUGCACUGGUACGUUGGUGAGGGCAUGGAGGAGGGAGAGUUCUCUGAGGCCAGAGAAGACAUGGCAGCCCUGGAGAAGGAUUAUGAAGAGGUGGGCAUCGACUCGUUUGAGGAGGGGGAAGAAGGAGAAGAGUAUUAAACAACGAAUUAGCUGGUUUGGUUCCGGAACAAAAUGAAUGUUACAAGGUUAAUUGCCAAAUGAGUCCAAAAGGAGCAAUCAAAUAUUUUGGUUAUUGUAUCUUAAUUAUCAAAACUGUAUUUAAUGUGUAUGUCGUUCACACUGAGUUUAAUAUCCACAUCAUGAAAUUCCACAUCUUAGACAAAUUUAGAAAUGAAAAAUUGCUGAAAAAGUUACCCCUUUUUCUUUGAUUUGAAGAAUACUGUUGCCUUGCCAAUGUUUUCCUUUUUUUUACUGAGUUAUUCUAAAUCAGUGUUUUAUUAAACGCUAAAGCAGAAGUUGUACAGGAACAUGCUAGUUUUUAUAAUGAGGCCCUCAUCAAUAAUGUAUAAUGUCCAAGCUCAAUAAAGUUAUCCUCAAAAUAAA